UUUGUUAUACCGUAGACUGAACAUGUGCGAUAAAUGAUCCCUAAGAAUAAUAUAAAGCCAUAUAACUUAUGAAAAACUUCUAAUAAUACUAUAAUAGAUUUCUGAAUAUGCGGAGCUUUUAGUCCAUCUUAAAUGGAGCAAAUAAUAAAAAAGGUCCACAAUGUGGACCCGAACAACAGCGAGGAAGUGAAAGAAGCCCUGUCGAGUUUCUUUCAAUGUAUAUCUAAGUACAAAGAAUUGCAUUCUCAUAGAUUGCUGCGAGAAUUACAACACGUUAUUAACCGGUUUCCAAAGUACUGCUUGACCCACAGGAGUAACAUCGAGACAUUUUUGAUUAGAUUCCUAAGCUCUAAUAAUUACUUCAACGUAAUAGAGGCAGCAAAAUGUACACAUGCACUACAACAAGUACGGCCAAGCCAAGAAAAGUCGGCAACACCUAAAACAAGCUGGAGGGAUCAGAUGACUGAUCUUUGCAAUGCAGUACACACUCUUAUUGGAUCUGUAUACUCUGAUGCGGUGGAAGUUUACAGGGACAAUCCUAAGCCUGCAAAAAAUGCAUCUACACCAAUGGCAGUGGCAUUAGCAGAUAUAACGAAAAAAAUAAAGGAUGUUAAAGAUAAGCAGUCAUUACUGCAUUUGAGGCUUAAGAAUAUUCUAGUUUUCAUACAGGCAAUGCUAGUGGAUGUGUAUCCAGUAGCCAAGCCAAUACAGCCUCAAACAAUAUUGGAUGUUGUAGUUCGACUUCUAAGCGUAACCAGUGGUACUAAACAGUAUGACACGGACAUUUGUACUAUAAAAAUACAGGCAUUAAGAACUUUAGAUGCCCUUGUAGUAUGCCUAGGUUCAAACCUGAUACCCUAUUCGCACCUAGUAUUCAGAUUAGUGUUACAGACAUUAAAGUGGACUUCAGACCAUCCAACUGACCAUACAAGUAAAGUGCGUUGCACUUCGUACAACAGUCUCGGGUACUGGCUAACCACACUGCACUCACAUAGGAUAUCUGACACAAGCAACACUUGGGAAGACAGUUUAGCUGACAAUAUUAUAACAGACAUCACACCGGUGAAGAAAGUUGUAUUACUCACUAUGGGUCCGCAACCGACAAAGAACCUCAGUAAAAAAGCUAAACGGAAGCUAGUAACUACGCAGCUGAAAGAAAGCAACCUCGCUGUGCAUGCACCUGGAGAAAACAACAAAACUUCUGUGUCAGAAGAAGUCAACAAUGAGAUAGCUAUAGCUGCCCUCGAAUGUGCCGAAAUAUUUCUCACUGUAUGCGGCCGAUUUCUUAAACCGGCUACCUAUAAGCUAUUCCAAGAAAGCUUAGUACGGGAAUGUUACAACUAUACAUUGUACACCAACGAUCAAUUGGUCCGCUUGCUGCGAGCAUUGGAGGCCACUCGGAAAACUGCACCAACCGGUGUACCCCCCACCACACAGUACUGCCUCCACUUGUACAGCUUGUUGCACAACAGUCAACGCGCUGAGAUUUCGCUGUUUUGCAGUCAAGCUUUGCUAGAUAUACGCUUGCAUCUACACUGUUCACCACCGUCGCUGAACUUUGCCCUCGAUGCACCGCGGGAGACUGAGAAAGCAACCAACAAGCGAAAGAAAGUUUCCGACCGAAAUCGAGCUAUGUUGGCAUCUUUGCUCGGGACGGACAAGGUACCAACAGCAGACAAUGACGAUGAUAUUAUUUCAAUACCUGAUGAACCGACAAGCAAGAAACUGCGACUAGAAAGUAAUGAAACUGACAAAAUUAGUCUCCUUAGCAGCGAUUCCGAAGGCUCAGUAGAGGAAGUAUGUGAUGAUUCAGAAAACGAUAACGUUGAAGAGGUAGAGGUUGUUGUUGAAAUAAAUGAACAGCGCGAUGAUGAUGAACCUUUGAUCGUUAAUGAAGAACAAACAACUGAAGUAACAAAACAAGGGACUGUUGAACCUGACACAAGUACUGAACUAAUUAAUCAAGAAAUUGAACUACAAGGGACUAAUGAACAAGUAAACUUAAACAAAAUAGUAGAACCAGAUCAAAAUAACCAAAUAGUAAAACUAAAUGGGGGUAUAGAGGUACAAGAAGAAGAAGCUUAUGUAGAACCCAUGAUAAUAGAUGAGACAGAUAAAAGCACAGAAAAAGUAAAUGUACCUAUUCAUGAAGCACUAACUCAAACACCUAUUAAUGUUUCAAAUGAUACUAUUGAGGAAGAUAAAUCGUUAUCAUUAGAAGUUGGUUAUGACUACCCAAAUACGAGUCCUGAGAAAGUGACAGUCUUAGAAAAAGUUGACGAUGAAAACCUUCCCAGUACAAAUGAUACUGACGACAUACAAAUAACCUGUGGGCAAGCUGUUAGAAGCUCACAGGAAGUUAAUGUAGAAAAAAAGCUCACUGAAACAGAUGUUAACUCAGACGAAAUACCUAAAGUUAAUGGGUUAGGGGAAUCUAUUGUCGAAAAUGGUAGUGCCGAAAAUCCAAUUGAGACUCCGGCAAAACUUAAAGUUGUUGAAGAUUCGUCCAUAAAUGAUGGGACUACUGUUGAAGAUAUGUUAGCCGAUUUUGUGGAUGAAGUGAAUGAUGGAGCAAUUGAAGCUUAAUUAUAAUUGUUGCUUAAAGCAUUUAUAUUAUUUUUCUUUUUAUAAUGUAUAGUGCCAAGAAUAACAACUAUUGCAUUUAUUGCGUAAAUAAAUAAUGAAUGAUUAAA